UGAUGCCUCAAUCCUUUUGGAUUCAACCCCAGAGAAUCCAGCAGAAAAAGACCAUCCAGCAAACAAUCCGAGCUUACGAAGCUAUGGAAGUGAUCGACGAAGCAAAAGCUGAACUAGAAUCAAUUUGCCCACAAACAGUUUCUUGCUCAGAUAUAAUUGCAUUUGCUGCAAGAGAUAGUGCAUUUAAGCUUGGAGGCAUUAGAUAUUCAAUACCAGCAGGUCGUCGAGACGGAAGAGUAUCCAUUAAAGAUGAACCAAACGAACACCUUCCACCAUUCACCUUAAAUGCUAGAGAGCUUGAAGAAAAUUUCGCGAAAAAAGGACUUUCUUUAGAUGAAAUGGUCACUUUCUGGGCACAUUCUAUUGGAAGAACUCAUUGUUCUUCCUUUGCCGAUAGACUUUACUCUUUCAAUUCUACUCACCCGCAAGAUCCCACAAUGGAUCCUAGAUUAGCAAAACAAUUGAGGAAGAGAUGUCCGAAUCCUUCUAACUCAGGGGUUGAUCCAACUGUUCCACUUGAUGUUGUUACACCAAACAGGUUGGACAAUAAGUACUAUGUCAAUUUGAAGAAUAAUAGGGGAUUGUUAACCUCGGAUCAGACGCUAUGGAGUAGUCCUUCAACGGCUAGGAUGGUAAGGAGUAACGCGAUUCAUGGUGCAAAUUGGGCUCGUAAUUUUGUAGCUGCGAUGGUGAAAAUGGGAUCCAUAGAGGUUAUGAGUGGCAUGCAGGGAGAGAUCAGGAAGAACUGCAGGAGUUGUGAAUUAAUUAAUCAGUGAUUCUUUUCUUUAUCAUUUUUUGUUGAUUUUUAAUUGUAUCAUCAUUUUUUUUUUUUCAUUUAAUUUUCAAUGUCAAGACAAGUGUAACUGAUUCUUUCCAAUUGUAAUUUAAAUUGAUGUAAGAGAUUUUGCUUAUUUUCAUGGUAAAGAAUGGACAACUUCCAUUUAUUUGAUUAAUAAAA